UGUGUCUCGGCAGCAGAAGGAGUUGCUCGCUGCUGCAGACUCGAUCUGCUGCAGUCGUCGUUCCCUUCUGCUCCAAAAACCUUCAGAACACCUUCAAAACACCGCCCCGACGGCUCUCAGAGACGACAGGAAAGUGGAUGAUAUAGACAGCAACCUGUGGUCCUCCACCGGAGAAGAAACCAAAUGGGGAAUCUGUUAAAAGUGCUCACUUGCACAGAGCUCGAACAGGGGCCAAACUUUUUCCUUGACUUUGAAAAUGCACAGCCGACGGAAGGAGAGCGUGACGUCUGGAACCAGGUGAACUCGGUCCUGCAGGACUCGGAGAACAUCCUGACGGGUCUGCAGGCGUACAAGGGAGCGGGCCAGGAGAUCAGAGAUGCAAUUCAGAAUCCCAACGAUAUGAUGCUGCAGGAGCGAGCCUGGACCUCCGUCUGCCCGCUGGUCAUCAAACUCAAGAAGUUCUACUGCUUCUCCCUCAGACUAGAGGAAGCCCUGCAGAGUCUGCUGGAGUCCCUCACCUGCCCGCCGCUCACGCCCACGCAGCACCUGGAGAGGGAGCAGGCGCUAGCCAAGCAGUUCGCAGAGAUCCUGCACUUCACGCUGCGCUUCGACGAGCUCAAGAUGAGAAUUCCCGCCAUCCAGAACGACUUCAGCUACUACAGGAGGACCAUCAGUCGGAACCGGAUAAACAACAUGAAUUUGGACAUCGAGAACGAAGUCAACAACGAGAUGGCCAACAGGAUGUCUCUUUUCUACGCCGAGGCCACGCCCAUGCUGAAGACACUCAGCACCGCCACCACGAACUUCGUGACAGAGAACAAGACUCUUCCUCUGGAGAACACGACGGACUGUUUGAGCACCAUGGCCAGUGUCUGUAAGGUGAUGCUAGAGACACCUGAAUACUCGAGUCGCUUCUGCAGCGAGGACACGCUCUUGUUUUGCAUGAGGGUGAUGGUGGGCGUCAUCAUCCUCUACGACCACGUCCACCCCAACGGCGCCUUCACCAAGUCGUCCAAGAUAGAUAUGAAAGGCUGCAUAAAAGUCCUGAAGGACCAGCCGGCAGACAACGUGGAGGGCCUCCUCAACGCACUCAAAUUCACCACAAAACACCUGAACGACGAGUCCACCCCGAAGAACAUCCGGACGAUGCUCCAGUAAUCGUUGCUCUUUUUAUAAGUAUAAAUAGACAUGAAGAGGAUCUUCGACCUCGAAUAAGAUGUAUAUGUUUACAUUAUUUAAAAAGUCUCGGUGUUGAUACUUGUGUGUAUUUGGAUAGCCAUUCCCUCCAACUUAUUGAGACCGGCAGAAUACAUACUUUUAUUUGCAAAAAAGAUGAAAAAAGAAAAAAAAAAACAGCGUCACAUGACUUGCCUCUGCUGUUAAUAGCCGUCAAAGCACAAACAAACGGACACCUUUCAGCCUUAUUUAGAAAACUGAGUCUGCAAGCUGCACUUGGAGAUAAAUGUAAAGAUGUCCUUAAAUUAAACCUUUUAAUUGACGAUGGAAUUAGUUUAAAGUAAAGCUUUAAAUGACAAUGUUGUUUUAUAUUAUUUUAUUGCUUUGUUUUUUUCCUAGAAUAACGUUUUAAACUCUGAUGCAGGUUCUUAUUUGUAACCACAAAGUUUCAAGUAUUAAAACAAGUGAAGCUAAUUGAUCCGCUUGAUCAGUACGGAGUGAGAUUUGACCUUGAAGACCGAUUUGAUCCAUUUCAGUCAAGAUGAACAUUUCCGUCGUCGUCGAGGGGGAACCUGGAAGGCAGAUAAGGGAUUUAAUUGCUACCAUGUCUUUCUGAGAACGUUUGGUUGUUUUCUUUUUUUUCUAGUCGGCUCUUGUAAAAAAAUAAAUAAAAAAACAAAAAAAAAAAAAGAAAUCCCCCCAAAAUCCUUUUUUAUGAAUGAACUUAAGUCCAGGGAGCGUUAAAACUCGUCCACAUGUCCAUCAGACUCGGUAUGAUGAAGUUUUGCUCAUUCAAAGGCGAUGAAACUGAAUAGUGAAUCUACACCAGAUGUUUUUUUUUACAGAUCAGUUCUGACCAGUGAUCAAUAUUGGUACUGAUAAGUCAGGUUUCCUUUCACUCAUAGUACAGUCUUUUUAUUUUAUUUUUUGUUUGGGGGGGGGGGUCUGAAGUCUUCCACUGUGAGCACAGAAUACCCAAAGAUAAGUUUGUGCACCCUGAAAGUAAAAAAGUGAGUGGAGCAGGAAGGCCUCAUGUUCUGAUGAUGCCCGGUAGCCGCCGCCCAUCAAGUUCUCAGUUGAUCCGGACUUCGGAUCAGCACCACACGGCAAUCUGGGGUUCAGUGUCCUUCCCAGGGACGCUUGAGGACAUGAUGGGAUCGGACCAGUGACCUUCUGGUUUGGAGGAUAGUUGACCUGCCGGUUUCGACCCGGCAGUCAAAUGCCACAGGAAUAACACAAAGCUGGUGCAGCUCCGGCCUCAACUAACUUUAACUAAUUACUGCAGUUGUUAGUUGUUUAAAGAAAAUCAGGAAUUUGAAUCAACCAAGAAAAUUGCAUUGUGGUGCGGUCUUUUUACUCAAUUUAAUUCUGUUUUAUUAUAUUUUAUUUGUGAGGGUUUUCCAGUAAAGUUAUUUCAAAGAAAAACCAGCAAAAUAUGCAAUGUUUUUAUAAUAAUAUAUUUCUUUUUCUUUUUUUUUUUACUUUUUUCUCCUAAAAUUUGUCAUUUUUUUAUAUUGAAAUAUUUCGAUCUGUUUAAGGACUCAACUCGUUACCUUUUAGACGCGUUUGAAUCCGGCAGCUGUUGUUUUAAACAACCAUCAAAAUGAUCCUUUAAUCAAACUGCUGCUCGCGCCUGCAGCCUCUUCCAAUCCUCUCAAUCUGCCUUACUGGUGUAUCAACGAUAAUUAUAAAUAAUAAUAAUAUCCGUCGUCGUACCACUAAUGACACUAUGGCUCACUUACUCAAACUGUUGGACAAUCUGUGACUAUUAAACUGUUCUUGUUUUACUGUUCUCUCUGAAAACCAAUGAUUGAUUAUCUUUGAUAAAAACGACGAUCACACAUGAGGGUCAUCCGUCAAUCAUCGUCCAGCUGAUUGAUCCGGGCUUCAGCGCGGGCGCUCGGCGUUGGAGCUCAGGGUUUCCUUCCCACCAGCUGACCAGCAUCAGGUCUCACGCUGUUUCACAUCCGUAAGCCAUAAAUACGAGCGUCCAGACGAGCUCAGUCCUCAGACUCCCGUCGCUCCUCAGUUCGGUUACUCCCCCAGAUAUGCUACUGUGAUUUCAUGCAACAAGUUGUUUUGAAUACUCUCCUUUUAUUUGUCUUAAACUGACAGUUAUUGUUUAAUAUUUUUGAAGUUUGGACUCACUGUUGAUAUAAAUUGCUUUUGUUCUUGCUUACUGAAUGGGAUCUGAAUGGGAUGUGUGGAUUGGAUAAUAAAGGUGGUACAUUUCGUAAAAA